ACAACGUUCUGCCACUUGGCACCCCCACAUUCCCCCCUAUACACAUGUCAACCCCUCAAUCAAUAUACUACCGUGUUCAAAAGAUAGGGUGUCCACGUCUACACGAUUGUGAACCGGGUUCUUUCUUUCAUUCCACACAAACCCUAAUCCUUUACAGCGCCGCUCCAUUUCCUUCUUCUCUCCUCAACAAUCCCUCAUCCAAUUUUUCUCUUCAGUUCUCAUCUAUGGUUGAAGUUCUUAUCCACGUGCUUAACAUAUCUGCUGCAACCGUUGAUGAUAUUAGGGUUUCAUCAUCCAUUCUUGAGUUAACGGCAGUGAAUCAGGCUUGAAGCUCUUAACCACGCGUUUCACAGAUCUGAACCACCGUUUAUGAUAUUAGGGUUUCAUCAUCCAUUCUUGAGUUAACGGCAGUGAAUCAGGCUUGAAGCUCUUAACCACGCGUUUCACAGGGUUUCAUCAUCCAUUCUUGAGUUAACGGCAGUGAAUCAGGCUUGAAGCUGUUAACCACGCGUUUCACAGGGUUUCUUCAUCCAUUGAUAUUUUUCAUCAGUCAAUCAUGUCUGGAGAUCUUAACCACUCGAUAAACAGAUUAGGGUUUAUUCAAGUAUUGGUAGUCAAUCAACUUGGUGGGCUUCAUUUGAUUAGCACUUCAGUUCAUUCUUCUUUGGAAUUGCUCUAAUCAGAUAAGUCUAUUUAAUAUUGAUAAUUUUCCAUAAACCAACUCAAGCUGUUAAUAAACAUUUUAAAAUGUAAUUGAGGAAUUGUAACUUGGUACUUGAAUAUUCAUACUAAUUUUUUGUAUUGAUAAUUCAAAUUCAAUUGUUGACUUAAUAUGACUAAUAUUUUGGUUUUUAAUUUUUAGUUAUAUUAACAUUAUGGAUUAUGGAUUUGAAAAAGUAAUUAUUUAUAACAUAUCUGAAUCUUAAUAUCUGAAAUCUGAAUAUGAUUUGAUUUGAUAAUCCAAUAUUUUGUUGAAUGUUCCUUUUUGUUUGUGGAUGUUUGCCGUGAAUAAUUUCACCUUUGAUAUCUAGCCUUAGAUGAUAUUUUGUAGUUUAGCACUGGAGUACAUGUUUUUUUAAGUUCAGUUUUGGUUGAUCAUAGACUUUUGAUUUUCAACAACUGUUUUUUGUUGUAGGGCAUACAACUUACUUUCCUUCCAGUCACCAGUUUGAUCAUUUGAUUGAUGCAUACCUGAUUCCGAAUUGUGAUUCAGUGGAAUUUGAAAUUGUCGAAAGGGCAUACAACCUACUUUCCUUCGAGUCAUCAGUUUGAUCAUUUGAUUGAUGCAUACCUGAAUCCCAAUUGUUAUUUAGUGGACUUUCAAAUUGACGAAAGCUUUCAAGCAAAAGAGUUAACUAAUGGAGCUCGGUAACAUCACUUAUUUGAAGGAUUUGGACCUUGCUCGCCGUGAUUACACUGUGAAGGUUCGUGUACUACGGUUAUGGAAGCAGCCUAUGUAUAACAAUCCAGAUCAGUUUUACUCAAUCGAAAUGAUUGUUGUUGAUGAAGAGGGAACAACCAUGCAAGCCAAUGUUCUCCGAAGAUGGUUUCCCAAAUUUGAACAUCUUUUGAAUGAAUCUGAUUGCUAUUUCAUUGUCAAACCCACUAUUGGUUUAAAUGAGUCCAAGUACAAGUAUGUGGACAACAAAAACAAGCUGGGAAUCUACUGUGAUACUGAUGUUCAGCCAUGUAAGGAUUUCAAUGGUCCCAUCUAUGGCUUCUCAUUCACAUCCUUUAAGGAUAUCAUUGAGAAAACUGUUCCUGAAAACAAAUCUAUAGAUGUUAUUGGUUUUGUUGCUGAUGUUAAAGACCUUAAGAAGUUUAAGACAGUAAGGGGUAAAGACACCAAGAAACUCAAUGUCAUCAUUCAAGAUCUAGAGAUGGAUUCUAUAUACCUUUCUUUUUGGGAUUCUUAUGCUGAUCGGAUUCUAGAGCACUGGGAAAACAGAGAACAACAUGGUGUUAUUAUUGUCAUUCUGCAGUUUGGUACACUGAAGUACUUUGGUCGUUUUGGUUAUGUUAACAGCUGUUUCAAUGUUUCAAAGCUUUUCAUCAAUUCUGCUUGUGAUGAAAUUACUGCUUUUCGUAACAGGCUUAUUAAAAGCUCUGCUGCUUCUUCAUGUUCGAGUCAAUCUUCUCGGCUUUUUGGAAUCUUUUUAUCAUUGUAUAAUGAAUAUGUUGUUAAAUCUGAAUUCAACAACAUAGCUGAAGUAAAUCUUAAUCAGGCAAAGUCUGUUGUUGUUGUUGGUACUGUUCAAAUGAUAUCCGAAGGUUUGCCAUGGUAUUAUUUUGCUUGUAAAGCUUGUAACAAGAAGGUUUUCAAAAAAGUUGUUGAUGAUACACCUACGGUUGAUGUGUUGGUUGAUGAAGAAGAUGUUUAUGAGUGCAAAACGGCAACUUGCAAGGACACUGUGAUUCAAUAUACUGAGAGGCUUAAAAUUCCAUUGACUGUUCAAGAUUCAAGUGGAACUGUGUCAUUGACAUUGUUUGACAGAGAUGCUUGCAGAAUCCUAAAAACAACUGCUGCAAAGUUAAUUGAGAAACAUGUUGCUGGUGGUGAUAAGGGUCCCUAUCCUGACGAGUUUGAAUCUCUUUUGGGGAAAAAAUUUGCAUUUAAGAUUGAUAUCAGUGAGUUCAACAUUGAAAACAACUUUUGGUUUUUCGGUGUUUCUAAGUUUUCUGAUGAUGAGGAUAUCAUAUUUGAGCUUGAGAAGAAAGCAAACAACAUUGAGGUUGAGACGUCUGUUUCUUUGAACAACAGGUUCACUGAUAUGGAUUCAGAAGAUACUGUUAACCUGAAUGAUGAUAACCCCACUGAUGUUAUUAUGGGAGUCGAUGUUACCAAUUCAAGCAAAGACGUGAAAGCAAAGGAUGUUGCUGAGUCCAUGGAUGAUAAUGUCAUCACCCCUUUGGUCAAUAAUUUGGAAGAGACUGACAUUGCCACUAAGGAAUUUGGUGAGCCCGCGAUCUCUAAAAGGAGAACCCGUAAACCUUCUUUCAAGAAAAACUUGGUUAGGAGUUAUGAAAUGGAAGAAAAGGGAGCAUUGUCCACCACGAAAACAGCUAAACCUGGGAAACCAAGUCUCCUAACUCCAAAAAUUGAGAAAUGAAGACUUCACAGUCUUUAUGUUCUACGUGUUCUAUUUCUAUGUUAUCUUAGUGUGUUUUAAUUUCGGUUAAUCGUUUAAGAAGUACUUUAAAAGCUUGGAAUCAUUCCCACAAUUAUGUUUCCGAAUUUGCAUUUCCUUUUGUUGUACUCCAUGGUUUAAGACACUAUUCUG